GAAAUCUGACUAAGAUUGGCAUCACUUCCUGUUACCUCUAGUAAAUAAGGUUAUUUGGUUUAUGCAACCACCCAAUUUGACGAAGAGAUUUUAUCAUGUUUUUGUUGACACGCAAAUGGAUAAAUGACCUUUAAAGAUGUUAUCUGAUAUAUAUCAUACUCAUGGGUACUUCUGUGCCUCCCAUCCAUGGGAGAUAAUCAUUGGAUCAGUCACAGUUACAACUUGUUUAUUGUCUGUCAGUCUGUUUACAGCAGGUAGCAGAAUUUGUGGAUGGAAUUAUGUUUGUGAAAAUGACAAGGAAGAAGAAAGCUCAGAUUUAAUGAUUUUAACAGUGACUAGGUGUUUAGCUGUUAUGUAUCUGUACUUACAAUUUAGAAAUAUAAGACAGCUUGGAUCCAAAUACUUACUAGGUAUUUCUGGGUCAUUGAUGAUUAUUUCCAGUUUUGUGCUGACUGCAGUAAUUGUGAAAGUAUUUGGUGGUAAUAUCUCCGGUCUUAGUGAAGCUUUGCCAUUUUUCCUGUUGUUGGUGGAUCUGUCUAAAGCAUGUGCAUUAGCCCAGUAUGCCUUAAAAUCUAAAACACAAGAAGAGGUACAGACAAACAUUGCUGAAGGGAUAUCUUCAAUUGGUCCUGCUAUCACUUUAGAUUCUAUAUGUGAAGUUUUAGUCAUAGGUGUAGGAACACUCUCAGAUGUAAAGCAGCUAGAUUCCAUGUGUUGUUAUGGGUGUCUGUCUGUUGUAGCCCACUAUCUAGCAUUUAUGGUGUUUUAUCCUGCUUGUCUUUCCUUAAUAAUACAGAUUACAAGAACAAGAAACAAUGGAAGACCUCUUCUCCAACUUCAGCAACUCGCCAAAGUGUUAGAGAAAGAGGAGGAAAAGAAGCCAAAUCCAGUCAUACAACACAUUAAAAUGAUAAUGUCAGCAGGACUGAUGAUAGUACAUAUACAUAGUAGAUUUAUAACUGAAGAAGGAGAGAAGUCACGGUUCAGUAGUUUAUUAACCACCACUGAAAUGUUAGAGAGAGACAGACAACCAGAGAUGCCUUUAGUUCAGUUUUACUUAUUAAGACUAUUAACCCAUCAUAUUGACUACACAUUUAUGUUUGUGUUAGCAGUAUUUCUUACUGUCAAGUAUGUAUUCUAUGAUGAUCAUAUAGAGGAAGAAUUAACACGUAAACUUGAAGAAGCAAGUCAGACAAGGAGGAGAGAAUUAUCUGACAGUCUAAGGGAUGGUACUUCACAAACAACUGAAUCAAUGGAUAAUAUUGUUCAAUCACAAGACGAAACAGACUUCAAACAGAAGAAUACAGUGAGCUUUACACAGCCAACAGAAACAAUAGAAUUUAAAUUUUCCCUUGGUGAUGACAGUGAUUCUGAGGAAGAGGAUAAGUCCAUUGAUAAAGGGGUACAGACAGAGAAUAAAAUGUCACAUUACAAACCUCUUCAGAGAUUACCUUCCCUUCAGCCACCAAGGUCAAUGGAACAAUGUUUGCAAAUAUUGAAUUCAGAUGGUGGACCUUCUUUAUUAACCGAUGAAGAGAUUAUAAGUCUAGUCAAGUCUCGCCAUAUACCAGCAUACAAAUUAGAACUUAUGUUGAAUGAUUUCGAAAGAGGUGUAGUAAUAAGGAGAGAAAUGUUAUUAAAUAGCUUGAAGCAGAGCAGAGUAUUAGAUAACCUACCUUACUCUGAUUAUGCUUAUGAAUAUGUAAAUGGUGCUUGUUGUGAAAAUGUGAUAGGUUAUAUGCCAGUACCUGUUGGUGUAGCAGGACCUUUAUUGUUGAAUGGAAAACUUUUCCAUGUUCCUAUGGCAACAACAGAAGGCUGUCUGGUAGCCAGUACUAACAGAGGUUGUAAAGCUCUUGAGCAAAGUGGUGGAGUAACGAGUGUGGUUAUAAAUGAUGGUAUGACAAGGGCACCUGUUGUAAGAUUGUCUUCUGCCAAGAGAGCUAGUGAAGUGAAGAAAUGGUUAGAAGAUAAAGACAAUCAAGAUAAAGUUAAAGAAAGUUUUGAUACGACUAGCAGGUUUGCCAGACUUACUAAUUUACAUAUUGUACAAGCUGGAAAACUUUUAUACAUCAGAUUUAUAGCUGUUACAGGUGAUGCCAUGGGCAUGAAUAUGUUAUCAAAGGGAUCUGAGAAAGCCCUUGAAAUGCUAUCAGUAGAGUUUGCAGAUAUGGAAAUUUUAAGUUUAAGUGGAAACUUCUGUACUGACAAAAAAGCUGCUGCUGUGAAUUGGUUAGAAGGCAGAGGUAAAUCAGUAGUCUGUGAGGCUGUUAUACCUGCUCAUAUAGUGGAGAAAUUACUGAAGACAAAUGUACAAUCAUUAGUGGACCUAAACAUUAGUAAAAACCUGGUUGGUUCGGCUAUGGCUGGGAGCAUAGGAGGAUUCAAUGCACAUGCUGCUAAUAUUGUAACAGCCAUCUUUAUUGCUACAGGCCAGGACCCAGCUCAGAAUGUGACAAGUUCUCAUUGUAUUACUCUGAUGGAAGCUACUGGAGAAAACAACUCUGAUCUUCUCAUUAGUUGUACCAUGCCAUGUUUAGAGGUGGGAACAAUAGGUGGAGGAACAGUGCUGCCACCUCAGUCAGCAUGUUUAGAGAUGUUGGGAGUGUGUGGGUCUUGUACAGAGAAUCCUGGAGAGAAUGCCAAGCUUUUAGCCAGUAUUAUAUGUGGAACAGUGUUAGCUGGAGAAUUAUCUUUAAUGUCAGCUUUGGCUGCAGGCCAUCUUGUCAGAAGUCAUCUCAAACAUAACAGAUCAACAGUAAAUGUGUUACCUAACCAGAGCUUGCCAAGUUCAUCAGAUAUAUCUCAGUCAUCACAACAUUCUCAUACAGACAGUUCUCAUAAACUUUUAGGUUGUCCAAUAAAUGCCAUCAACAGUGAACAUAGUAUACCAAACUCAGUGGAUAGUAACAAUACACAAACCAAAUCUAACCACUUCCUGUCACCUGUGUGUGAUUCUCGUAGGAAAUCAUGUGAUACAACCAAAUCUGGAAAAUCCAAUGAAAACAGUAAUGAUGCGAAUUUAGACAAAGAUUGUUCAAAUAAAAAGGAUAAGAUAUCAUGACAAAGCAGUUAAUUAGGAUAUUCUUGUUAUCGAAAAGUGCUGUGGCAUUAUAGCAUUGUGUAUCAGUUUUAAAGUGAUGAAUGCAUAAAUGUAAGAAUGUGAUGUUGAAGUUUAUAAAAUAAUAAACACAAGUGGUAACCUUUUA